AUGUAUCUCUAUCUAAAGGAGAUUAGGGACUUCAAGGUGGUUGCAAUUCAUCCUGAGGUGUCAUUGUUCCAUAAACACUCUCCUUCUCCAGAGGUGGUGUGUCACGCUACAGGUUUCUUCCCCAAAGCACUAAACACCACCUGGCAGAAGGACGGAGAGGACGUGCAUGAGGACGUGGAGCUCAGAGAGACGUUACCCAACCAGGAUGGAAGCUUCCAGAGGAGAAGCAUUCUGAAAGUCCCAGCUGAGGAGCUGCAGAAACACACCUACACCUGCGUGGUUCAGCACAGCAGCUUGGAGAAGGAGUUAGUGAUGAAUGUGAGCCAAAUCAUGAGAGGCGGACCACCGAUUGCUAUCAUCAUUGCUGUAGCUGGGACUUUCAUCGCUCUCGUCACUGUUGUCGCUAGAAUUGUGGUCUGGAAGAAGAAGAACUCUUGCGGGAGGAUGAAGGAGACAAAGGUGAGCUGUUAG